AUGGAGAAGAAAAUUAGAAAAGAAAAAAAUUUAAUUUUGUCAGUUAGAAAUUAAGGAUUCUGUAAAAUUAAUUAAAAAAUGCAAAAAUACUAUGUAUAAUUUUACACCAAAACAGCAGCACAGCAAAACAUUAUAAAUUUGUAAGAUAUUUAUGAGAAAAUUAUUAUUUUAACAUAAUUUAAUAAAUAAUCUACCAUAUCAAAAUUUGAAAUGUUGUAAUAAAAAAAUAAAGCUGAUACAAAUUAUAUUGAUACAGUCUCGAAUAUGAUGAAACUUAUUAAUGAUAAUUUAGCAUUUUAGAAAAUAGAUAAUAUCAAAGAAUUCGAAGAUAAUUUAGAAACUAUUUAAGAUAAACGAGAAUUAAUUAGCAUUGAAUCUAUAAUUCAAAUACUUAUUGGAUCUGAAAAAGAUCAAGAUAAAAAGAACUACUUACUUAAGAUUAUCUUUAAGAUAUAAACAAAAAUCUUAGAAUAAAAUUAAAGUUUAGAUGCUUUUGUUAAUGAAUUAAUUGAUAAAAAUAAUUAAGGAAUUGGAAUAUCUUUUUUGAAUAAUGAUGGAAGUUUUGGUAUAUAUUAUUAUAAUGACUUUAGUAAUUACAGAUUAAAAGACUAAAGAACUCUUAGAAAUAUCAAAAGCAGUUAAUGAUACUAAACAUUUAUUAUAAUUUUGUUCUUAAGCUGGAUAAAAAACACUAUUUAAAUAAUUUAAAAAUUAAUCAAUUUUACUCGAUGAAGAUGAAUUAUCUAAAGAAUUUUUUAUGACAAUAUAUUCUGAAAGAAUGAGAAGAAAGGCAUUAAAACAUUUAGCUGCAAAAGGUAAUGAAAAAUUAAAGGAAUUUUAAUAUAAUAAUUAUUAAGAUUAACCUAAGAAAAAUAAGAAAUCAAUCAAAUUAGAUAAUAAAUUGAAUUAACAUGAGAUAAUUAAAAUCAAGUAUCUUAAAACUGUAUAAAUAAAAUUAACAAAAAUGACAAUAAAUGUUAAUUAAGAAUUUUAGUAAUCAAUUUAAGAAAGUAAAGUAUUAUAAGGUAGUUCGAAUUUAUCUUAUAUGGCAGAAAAUUCAUAAUAAUAUUUCAAAGUGGUAAAAUGUGAAAUUAUAGCAUGUCAAGAAAUUGAAGAUAUUUAAUCUGAAGAAAUAUUUAAAGAUCAUAAAUUAAAAGAAUAUGAAAGUAUAAUAUAAAAUUAUAUUUUUAGGGAAAUGGUAAGAAAAGUGUAAGAAAAUUAAAGAUUAACUUAGAUCUAUGCAAUUCGGAAUAGAAAUUCAUAGCUAAGAUUAAAGUAUGAUUUAUUUUAGUGAACCUGAAUAUGAAUUAAGUAAUAUUAAGAUUUGA